UUUUGCGGCUAAAGCAGUUAAGACUGAAAAAUUGUUAAAUAAAUAUCUUACAUCUAUUAUUAAAAUAAAUCGAAGCUCUAAAUUACAAAGCACAAAGUUCUUUCAAGUGUCAAGCGAUAUAUUAACACAGUCGACUAACUACAUGACUACUGCAAGACAAUGCACUUUGCAACCUUUAUUUGACAUUUAAGAACUCGUUAGAUAAACGGCUUUAAUUCAGACUUGAUCGUUCCGCAAUCGAGAGAAAAAAAACAAAGCAUAAUUGCAACCGCAACCACAACAAAGCAGCUAACAAUAGAUACAAAAGUAUCUGAACCUUGAAGUUAAGUAAACGUUCUGUGCGGCUGCAACAUGUUGCGGUUGAAGUUGAUGCCGCGGCUGCUGCUACUGCUGAGCCUGGCCUGGCCAUCAGCUGUUGAGUCGGCCCAGAUACUUGGAUUGUUCGGACAUCCCGGCAAGAGCCACUUUGAUUUCUUUCGUCCCCUGUUUGUGGCGCUGGCCGAACGCGGUCACAAUGUCAGCAUGUACAGCUAUUUUCCCCUAAAGGAACCGUUGGCCAAUUACACGGAUUACGUCUUCGAGGGCAUGCCGCUGCUCACGGAUUUCGUGGAUCUGAAGAACAUUGAACAACAAUCAGAUCCAUUGGGCAUACCCAUCAAAAUGGGCAACUUCUUCAUGCUGCACGACUGGAGCUUGCGCUCCUGCCAGGUGGCAUUGCACUCGCCACUGAUUGCACAGCUGCUGAACUCGUCGCAGCGCUACGAUGUCAUCAUCUUGGAGCAGUUCGCCAACGACUGUCUCUCUGCAGUUGCCCAUCUGCUGGACGCGCCCGUCAUUGCCUUGAGCAGCUGUGCUAUCAUGUCGUGGCACUAUGAACGAAUGGGCACACCCUACAUCAACUCAGUCACGCCCAUGAACUUUCUGCCCUACACCGAUAAGAUGGGAUUUGUGGCGCGUCUCAAUAACUUUCUUCACUUUCAUAUUGCCAACACGCUGCAUAAAUAUAUAACUGAACCUGCCACAGAUGCUUUGAUCAGAGAACGCUUCGGCUCAGCUCUGCCGCCCAUCAAUGAGAUUGUGAAGAACACGAGUCUUAUGCUCAUCAAUCAGCAUUAUUCUCUAUCCGGCUCAAACGCCUAUACCGCAAAUGUUGUGGAGGUUGGCGGUCUGCAUGUGGGUCCAGCCAAGCCCCUGCCCAAGCACCUGCAAAGCCUCUUCGAUGAGUCCAACUUGGGCGUCAUCUACAUCAGCUGGGGUUCGAUGGUCGAUCCCAGUACUUUAUCUGCUCUCAAGCUUCAGGCACUCUUCGACACCAUCUCCAAUUUCUCUGGCUAUACAUUCGUGAUGCGCUGGAUAAACAAAGCCAUGCCUGAGAAUAAGCCCAAAAACCUGUACACCUUCGACUGGCUGCCUCAGCGUGAUCUGCUCUGUCAUCCGAAAGUCAAAGCCUUCGUCUCACAUAGCGGCCUACUGGGAACUUCGGAGUCCAUCUACUGUGGCGUUCCAAUGCUCGUAACGCCGUUUUAUGGGGAUCAGUUCCUGAAUGCUGCUGCCGUUGUUCAGCGUCGUUUCGGAGUUAUUGUAGAAUUUAGACACUUCGAUGAGCCACAUCUUAGCCAGGCGCUGAGAACUAUACUGGAUGAGGGCUUUGCAGCGCAGAUGAAACGCUUGACAAUUGCCUUUCGCGAGCGACCCCAAGACCCACUUAAACUGGCGGUUUGGUGGACGGAGCAUGUGAUCACCACAAAUGGAGCUCCACUUGUUCAGACCGCUGGCAAUAAUAUCAGUUGGUUUGUCUAUAACUCCAUCGAUAUCUACAUCUGCUGCUUGAUUGUCAUAUUACUCGGUCUCGGUGCAGUCUGGAUCAUGUUUAAGCUUUUGAAAUGGCUUUGUGGCGGGGGAGCUGUUGCCAAGAAACGCAAAACUAAAAAAAACAAAAUGACGCAGUUGCGUUCGUUGCUGGCAGCGCUGCUGCCGCUGCUGCUAUUGCUGCAGGAGCACGUCUCAGUGGAUGCCGGUCGGCCGCUGAAAAUUCUGGGCUUGUUCCCCCACCCCGGCGUCAGUCACUUCCACUUCUUUCAGCCCAUCAUGCAGGCCCUGGCCGAGGCCGGACAUGAAGUCAACGUCGUUAGCCAUUUUCCGGCUAAAAAUCCAACUGUACGCUACAAGGAUUUUCCGCUAACAGGCACAGAGAAGCUGACAAAUAGCGUUGACUUGAAGUUCUUCGAUAAGCGCCCUUUCUACAACCAUUUCAUUGAGUUCUUUAUGCUCCACGAAUGGGGCAAGGAGGCUUGCAACUUAACCUUACGUUCGGAGGCUUUGCAGUCGGUACUUAAGCGCAGGGCUGGCUACUAUGACGUUAUUAUUCUGGAACAAUUCAAUACGGAUUGCAUGAUGGGCGUGGCACACCAACUGCAGGCACCAGUUGUCGCCCUAAGCUCCUGCUCGCUGAUGCCGUGGCAUUUCGAGCGCAUGGGCGCUCCGAUAAUCCCAUCGCAUAUACCGGUCUUAUUCCUGGGUCAAUCGCAGGAUAUGAACUUUGGCGCGCGUUUGGCCAACUGGUUUAGCUUUCAUGCGCUCAACUGGAUGUACAAGCUCAUAUCCGUCCCCGCAGCUGAUGCGUUGGUGCAGUACAAGUUUGGACACACGACACCCUCGGUGGGUGAGCUGGUGAAGAACACCUCGGUUAUGUUUGUGAACACACACUAUUCGCUGAGCGGGCCGAAGCCGCUGCCGCCCAACAUCAUCGAGCUGGGCGGCGUGCACAUCCAAAAGGCAAAUCCGUUGAACGCCGAUCUGCAGCGUCUGCUGGACAAUGCUGAGCAUGGGGUGAUACUCAUCAGUUGGGGCUCCAUGAUACGCGCCAAUUCGUUGUCGCCGGAGAAGCGAGAUGGCAUUGUGCGCGCCGUGACCCGUCUCAAGCAGCAGGUCAUCUGGAAGUGGGAGAACGAGACGCUCGACAACAAGCCGCCCAAUCUGCACAUCAUGAAUUGGCUGCCACAGCGGGACAUACUCUGUCAUCCCAAUGUGAAGGUCUUCAUGACGCAUGCCGGCCUCAUGGGCAGCUCCGAGGCGGCCUACUGUGGUGUGCCCGUUGUGGCAACGCCCAUGUACGGAGAUCAGUUCCUGAAUGCGGCUGCCCUGGUGCAGCGCGACAUGGGCGUGCUGCUGCACUACGAGGAUAUUGGCGAAAAUACGGUUAUGCGAGCUUUGAAGCGGGCCCUGGAUAAGAAACACGUGGAUGCUGCCAAGCUGGUUUCCCACUCGUUCAGAUAUAGACCGCAACAGGCACUGCAGCAGGCCAUCUGGUGGGUGGAGCAUGUGGCUCACACUGGGGGUAAUCCUCUGUUGAAAUCCAGCGCUGUGGAGUUGUCCCGCUUUGUCUACUACUCGCUGGACUGUUAUAUUGUCUUAGGCCUUAUUCUGGCCAUUGUAGUUGGCAGUUGGAUUGCACUCAUACGCCGCUGCUGCGGCCAGCAACCCAACAGAAAGAACAAAAGGGAUUAAAUCGAUUGAUCCUUGGCUAAGUCUAUGUGAUAUUUUGUAUGUGAAUGUCUGUUGUGGUCCUAUUACACCUAGUUUAGUAAUUCCUGCUUCCAACUAUUAAGCGUCUUGUUUGGAAAUUUUGUAGUCGAUGUAUCUUAACGAAUAUGGAAAAGAUACGAAAUGUUAAUUAAGUCAA